CUCAUCCGACAUGCGGCCUUCCCUGCUGUCUCUUGCCGCUGCGGCCGCCUGUGUGCUCCCCAUAUAUGCGCAGUUGAUCACCACUACCGACGAGUACGGCUACACCGUCGUCGAAUUGAUCACGCUCGAUCCAUUAGGCCUAGUCACGACAUCCAUAGAGUCGACUAUUCUCGCGGGCGCGUUAACGGAUACGGCCACAGACACAGACACGGAGCUCGCUACGGCUCUUACAACAACGGCGAGGACUACCGCGCCGACGACGACUACCACACCGCUGACGACGACGACGCCUGUUGCAAUCCCGACGAUGACGACGACUACACCCGCAGUGGUCGUUGGGGCACCAACAUCAACCGAAGCCGGUCUCACCACCUAUUAUUAUACCACCACGGACGCAGCAGGCGCAACCGAAGUCAUCCUCGCGACCUUCACCCCCACCUUCGCACCGACUACCAUUCCCGCCGCGCCUUCCCACACAGGCACUAUCCUCGACUACAGCCAAUGGCUUAGCCUAAUUGGCGCUUCCUCUUCAGCUACCGUAUCAGGGGGUUCGGAACUCUCAUCCAGUAGCGGUGCGAGCCCAAGAUGCGGAUGGAUGGGCGUGGGUACGGUGACCGGGCUGCUGGGCGGAACGUGGCUUCUCCUGGUGUGAAAGGACCGGACCAUCGUAUCCUCGUGUCGAUCUGUACGCGUCGGAUGCUACAGUGACAUGCUUUACAGUAUUGAGUCGACCUCCGCGCGGACACUUUUAUCGUGUUCGCUUUUGCUCCAAGUUGUUCCUGCAUCUGCUUAACUAGCUCCUUUACUGCUCUCAUUGACUUCAUCAUGGACAUGGCAAUUUACAUUACUUUAGAUCGAGCAUGUUAUCGAGCAUGUUAAACCACGGGACAUUGCACUUGCCCAUGACAGUCUCUUCUACACUCUUCUUUUCGAAGAGAGGGUAGGGCCACACGCGCUUCAGAAACUGGCACAUUAGUAUGUGUUAGUCAACAUAUAUGAGAUGUGGUGAUGCAUUGAUGCCGUCGAUUGAGGUGCAUCCCUCAUAACGCUCUUAAGAACCUCCGUGCAAGUGGGUAUU